CCACGACUAAUGUACAAUGUUUUAAAUGCUCUGGUGUUCCCCGGAUGGAGGACUGUGGGCACACAGUAACCUGUGGUGAGCACGAGGAGUGUUAUGCAAGACGAAGUGUCGGAACAGUUGGUAAUGUAAUAUACGAGUCGGGAUGUAUUUCCAAAGAUGUGUGUAAACAGCUGUCACAAAUUGGACGGAAAAGAUCUACAGGAAGACAUAAAAGAGCAUUUGUGAACUGUCUACAGUGUUGUAACUCUCAAUUCUGUAAUAAACAUCUUUGUACUAAACAACCUGUAAUUUCGAAUCAUAUAGAAUGCUUCGCAUGUAAUGACGUACUGGUGCCAGAACACUGUACCAACACAGUUUUAUGUGGAAUAGACCAAGAAUGCCAAACAAAUAUGCGACUUUUAACUACAAACUACGAAUUGAGGUACACACUAGGAUGUGGUCCAAAAGCUUUAUGCAGAGCAUUAGAGGCUGACUUAAGCAUACCAGAUAAGAACUAUUGUGUAAGGUGUUGUAAUAAAAAUUACUGCAACCCAAAGCUGUGUGGAUUCCUUAGUCAGGCUAUACCAGUAAUGACGGUUAAACCGCAGGACCGCAUUGUUUUGCCUAAUGACAAAGUCGAACUUCAGUGUCUUAUAGCUCAUAUAGAUGGGUUACCAUUCAAUAUAACAUGGACACACCAGAACUCAAAUAAAGUUGUGACAACACCACCUAUUCAGCUGAUGAGGGAAAGCCAAAUUCUUGAUAUGACUAUAACAAAGGCGCAUUAUGGCUACUGGACAUGUUCUGCAAGAAAUCAAAAUGGUGUAGUUAACGCAACAGCUAGAAUACAACCGCCUGUACCUGGUAGAUAGGCCAGGUCUCUUACAUCAGGGAAAGAAAACCAAAUUUCAGGUGUUAAUAUUUAUGCAAAUUAAAGUAAUAAAGUCAUGAACAAAUAUGUGA